AUGGACCUGUCUCUCCAUCAAGUUUCAAAACGAAAGCGCAUUCGUUCCGCACAAUGUUCUGGAGAGUAUGUUGUGAGCGUGAACCAGUCUUCCAGCGGCACGAACGUUGUAAGCGUAUCGAAGUGGACACAGGAGGGUGAAGGUACAGUUUUAGGCAGACCUAUACGUGAAUGGGAGGAGGCAGGUGGCGCGAAGUUGACUUCAUGCGCAGUCUUUGACUCUCGAAAAGGGCUGGUUUUUGCGGUACUCAAGGACAGACGAAGAUAUGUAACAUUGCAAGUGUCUGAUGAAAGAAGAGAGAAACUCGUGCAUGAAAACGGAAGGUUGUUGCAAUUGAACAAUACAGUUUUUUCAAUCUUGGUUGUUCCUGGUGUUGCUGCAGAAGACGAUGGGGACGUAAUAGUUGUGGUUUCGUCCACCGGUGAACUAGCUCUGCUUUGUGCAACUGGUCAUGAUGGAGAAAUCGAGAGUAGGACGCUUGACUCGCUUCUAGUUGACACUGUCAUUGCCGUUUCCCGUUCUGAAGACGGAUGUAUCUUUAUUGCAGGAACCAUGAAGUCGAAAGUAGUCGUCUUUCCUGUAUUUGUGAGGGGAGGGAAGAGCUUUGCUGAAAUGUCUCUGCAACGAUACGCUCCAAUUCAGCUUCCGCCAGCACAGAAAUCACAUUUGCCACGAGGCGGUUCACAAGGGGGCUCCAUUGUAGACGUUUUAUGCGAUGAUUUGUACAUGGUUAUCCUAUACACUGAUGGAAUUGUGCAUCUGUUACGCCCUCUAUCAAGUACUUUCCAAAGCACAAGCAAGAGCGAAAGGCUUGCCGCCUGGUACGAGGGCCGUGAUACCACAAGUUCUGACCCUGUCAUGUCGCUGUUGGAGCGCGUUUUUCGGUUGUCAUCCAGUAUUACGGAAGAUGAAGCGUCGUCUGCCCUAUCACCAAUGCAACCAAAAAACAAUCACGUGAGUAAUCUAGUAAGGCUAGAUUCGAACUACUUCGCAAUCGGAUACGGAAGAUGCGUAUCGAUUUGGGAUUGGGCCUAUCACAUUGGGCAUGGCCUCGUCGAAACGGAUGGAAGCAUACAUUUCCUUUGUCCAAGUCGCCGUCAGACAAAUAUCAUGAUAGGGUGUGCCUCGGGUAUGCAAGAACUUUCCGUUGCCGAGGCUGAGCAAAGUAUUUCGUUUUCCCUCGGGCUUGCAGUUUCGCGGAAGGGAACCUGUGACUUUAUAGAAACAGAAUUGUACAGAGCGCCCGAUUUCGUGCCGAUGCGUGCACAACCAGUAACUGUAUCAGUUACAAAGCUUGCCGCAGAGGCGGAAGGCAAUGCUUCCCAACUCUUCCGGAAGAAGCUCGAGUCUCUUGACACGCAAGAACUGCAACUCGCGAACCAAGUGCUAAACAGAUUGGAAACGAAUUCUCCAGAAUCUAUCCUCAAGCUUACGAAGCGUUUUACGGUUGCCCACAAGAGAAUAAGGAGAGGAAACCGCGGGAAAAGAAGCAACUUGGGACUAUCUGAGCUGCCGAGUGAACGGCUAGCUGCUGCAACUGUCGCACGUUGUCUGUACGAGAUUCAUCUCGGGAAUCCUGCGUUCGCAGUAAGUCUCAUCGACAUGAUUGGGACAGGGGUAGUGUCCAGCGAAGCCGUGCUUGCUGUACUUGGGACUUCAGACUCUUGGGUUGGCGCUGACGAAGGACAAGCAUUGACUUUACUUUCAAUAGUAGACCCUUUGCUGAAAUCGGACCUGUACGCCAACGCUUUGGAAGCAGUGGUGACACGCGUAGCUGACUUGCCCGAACCUGAUGUUGUUCGGACAGUACAAUAUGCCGUGCGGUCUACUCAAGCUGAGUUCUUGGAGUUUGGUAGUGCGAGCACGAUUCCAGAUUCAGAUGAUGGGAGCCGAAAGGUUGAGAAACUGUCAAGAAUGACAAAGCUGCUACUGAAGUGUGUCUCCAGUGCGGUUGACAGAGGACGAGUGAUUGCUUCUCUGAGACAGAUUCCGAUAUUAGAUGUUAUCGGGAUUUUGAGUCGACUGGACCACAUUCUGAACGGCACAGGGGUCGACAAGAACGCGAAGGAUGACCCCCCAUCCGGGGCGAAGCGUGUUAGCGGUGUCUCCAAACCGUUUGCGCAGUUCAACAGGCAGGAGAUAGCCAGCUACAGAGGCAUAGGCAAUUGGAUGGACAACGAUGAUAAGAGAGGAAGACAUUUGUGCAAGUCAGGCAUAGAAGGUUGCAUUGAAUGGAGCUCGCAUUUGAUAGAUGCGCACUUGGCAACGUUGAUCAUGGACGAGAGUGGAAGAGAAGUAGCGAGUCGCUUGCACAACACAGUACGAAGGCGGAGGAAAGAACUUGAAAGCGUCAGGGGUCUCCACGGGCUAACGACACAUUUACUGGAAGGGAAAGGUGUUCCGAGUCAGACUGACCCGUUGUACAGUAUCAAGACUCUGAACGUGCCUGCUUACGCAUCGCUUCAGUAG